UUGGAACUGAGAUCAGUCUGACGAAAGCCAUUCGAAGGCAAGGUCGAUCGGCCCGAUGUCGUCGAUCAGUUGGGAACAACAGGAUUUGUUUGUUUCUUCAAACAGAUCCACCACCGACGUUGAUGCUGCCCACCAGGAGUAUCCCGUACGAAUUGCACGAUUCCCUGCAGCCGAUGGAAUAAGAGAUCUACUUAUACGCAAAGGCGAAGGAGGCAAGAUCGGUGUUACAGGCAGACGCUUGCAACAGGAAGGAAAGCUACUGAUCUGUGCCGUGGCGCGCAGAAGUCCCGCAUACAUGGCAGGUCUUCGAUACGGGGAUGAAAUACUGUCCCUUGAAAAUGAGCCUGUUUCCGGUGUGCAGCUAGAGCGUGUACGUGAGUUGGUUCGGAACAAUCAACGCAACAGUAUCAAAUUACGCUCAAAAGAUAAACCAGGUGAACGGUACGUGACAAUUGCAAGAGACGUGCAGAAAGGUUUCGGAUUCCGGUUCGUGAAUGGAGAAAUUACAUUCGUCCGGCCGAACAUGGUGGCCGAGCGACGGGGUCUAGAGAGAAGGUUGCAAAUCAUAGAAGUAAACGAAGAGGUUGUCGUUGGCAUGCAAGAUGAAGACAUUGAAGCCAUCAUAUAUGCGAACGGGGAUGUAGUGACGCUCUGCGUUGUACCGGUGAAGGUGUAUCGACAACUGUUUACCAGGUUAUCACCCACUAAAAACGAUGAGCUCUCCUUGGUUGAAUUCUAAUUUAGGGAGGUGAAAGAUUAUUAAAUAAAAAACGCACAAUUACCUUUA